AUGUCAGCUAUUAUUAACGCUAUAUUCGGCACAUAUCCCGAUGGAGAUCAACAAGUAACAGUUGAAGGUAGUAAUGCUGCUACUACAGAACGUCUACAUACAUCUGCUGUAUCCGAUGAUGUUCAUGUUAAAUCAGUUAUUUCAUCUGAAACUCACGCAAAUGCAACACUUAAUACUAAACUUAAUAUUAAUACUUUAUUAUCAGAAUUAAAUACAACACAUGCACAAGUUGAUCAAUAUUCUCGAUCACGUACAGCUGCAAUUAAUGAACAAGUUCAAAAAUCAAUUGCUGAUGUUCUUACAAAUACUCAACGUUUACAAGAAGAAUUAGUACUUGAUGCAAAUCGUCGCCAUUUAAUUAUUGACAAUGAUUAUAAACUUCAAUUACAAAAAGCAGUUGAAGCAUUAGAUGUUGUUAAAGCUAAAACUUUAGCUGAAUUAGAACAUGAUUUACAAGUUAAACAACAAGUAAUCAUGGCUGAUGCUAAAAAACAAAUCGAUAUUUUAAAUGAUCAAGCUAAUGCAGCUAAAUUACAUGCAUUAGUCGAAGCACAAGAACAAGUACGAGAAAAUAUUUCGAAUCUUGCAGAUCAAGUUGGUAUAUUAGGCAAACAAGAUACUCAAAAUUUAUUACAAUCAAAAACUACGACAGUCAUUACUUCUCAAACACAAGCUUCAGGUCAAACAGAAUCCGUUGUUGCUGAUAGUCAUACACAAAUAGCAGUGAAAAGUCCAGCGGAAGUAGUAUCAGCUACGUCCACUACAACCAAAAUUGUAGAACAUGAAACUGCUUCUUCUGCUGCUGGUCAUCAUAACAAAAAAAAAGGGAAUAGUCCAUCGAAAGUAGUAUCAGCUACAUCCACUACAACUAAAACUGUAGAACAUACAGCUGCUUCUGGUGCAGCUACUGGAGCAUCUACUUCGACAGCUUCAUAUGCAGCAGUUGCUUCUGGCGGACAUAUUGAAACUGAAGUCAAACCACCAAAAGAUAAUACAAAAUUUUAA